AUGGGAGAGAGACCCUACCGGUGCCAGGCAUGUGGCAAAUCCUUUACACAGAAUUCAGUUCUUCAGAUACACAAGAAAAUCCAUGCUGGAGAGAAACCCUACCAAUGCAAAGAUUGUGACAAGUCAUUUAGAUAUGUCUGCAGGCUGAAGGUACAAGAGAGAAUACACACAGGGGAGAUGCCCUACCCUUGUAUGGCAUGUGGCAAAGCCUUUCGAAGAUGUUCAAAUCUAAAAGGCCACCAACUGAUCCACACAGGAGAAAAAUAUCACAGAUGCAGUGCAUUUGACAAAUCCUUCACGCAGUGUGGGGAUCUGAUCAUCCACCAGCGAAUCCACACUGGAGAGAGACCUUACCAGUGUCCCCACUAUGACAAAUCCUUUAAACAAAUCUCAGCAGCUAGGCAACACCAGAGAAUCCACACCGGGGAGAAAACUUAUGAGUGCAAAGUGUGCGGCAAGAUCUUCCAGUCUGUCUACAACCUCAAAGAACAUGUGAAGACACACGUGGGAGAGAAACUCUACACAUGUGAACAGUGCCACAAAUCCUUCCCAUCCAGCUUUAAAGUUAGAAUUCACCAGAGAAUCCACACAGGGGAGAAACCUUAUGAAUGCAAAAAGUGUGGCAAGACCUUCUGGGAUCCCUCCAACUUAAAGGAACAUGGGAGAACACACAUGGAAGAGAAAUCCUACACAUGUGAUCUGUGCCACAAAUCCUUCAAAAAGAACUCCACCCUCAGAGUUCACCAGAGAAGCCACACUGGGGACAAACCCUACAAAUGCCAUUCCUGUGGCAAAUCAUUUAUUUGGGAAUCAAAGCGAGGACACAUGAGAAAAUCCACAUGCCACAGGAACCCUAAAAUUCAAGGAAUGAGGAAUGGCCUUUCCACAUUACUCAAACCGGAAGAAACACAGAGGAAGCCACAUUGGAAGAAAAUUACACAUACUGAGGAUUCAGAAAAGCCUCUGCCACAGCCUGGGCAUUAG